AUGCUUACAAGAGUUACAAGAAGUUUUGCGGCUAUGAGCCCAAGAUCAUUUCGGAUUUGUACUAGACUACAAUCAACCCAAGCACAGCAACCACAACAACAGGAAAACUCAGAAAUUGAGCUUUUAAAUGAACUUAAAUCAGAAAUGGACAAAUUGGGACCAUUAUCUGAUGCCGAAAGUGCCGAACUCAGUGCUUUAUUUGACAGUCAAAGUCCUUUUACAGUAUUCCCAAAACUUGAAGACGUAAGCCCCGAGGAAGUAGUGGGAGCCGCUCCAUUUGGGAAGAAAACAUAUUUCAUUCAAAGAAGUAUUAACGGAAAUUUACCUGUGUACACUGACUACAAAAACAGCAAUAAGAUUGUCACCGAAAUCAGAAAGAUUCAAGGGGAUCCUGUGCAGCUAAGAAACGAUCUACAAGAAAGGCUUCCUUUCAUUCCAAAGAAGUACUGGAAGGUGAUACUUCAAUCAAAUAAAAUUAUCAUUGAAGGUGAUGCCACGAAGCACGUGAAGAGGGCUCUGGCUACCACCUUUUGA